CGCGGGAAAUAAUUUCGUCUAAUUUCGUCUAAUACGUCAUUUCUCUAUUCGACCGCCAUGUUGUCCAAAAAUCCCGUAUUUCGAGUAGCUCUACGAGGAGAAACCCUCCUUACCAGUCCCCGAUGGAACAAAGGAACCGCGUUUACCAACAAAGAACGAAAAGAAUUGGGUCUAACUGGCCGAUUACCCCACAGAGUCAACACAUUGGAUGAACAAUGUCAACGGGCUUACGAUCAACUCCAGAUGCACGAAAAUGCGAUACGAAAGAACACAUUUUUGCAGAGCAUGAAGGAUCAGAACUGGGUGCUGUACUACAGUUUGAUUUCGAGACAUUUGCGGGAGUUGGUUCCGAUUAUCUACACGCCUACUGAGGCAGAGGCGAUAUCCAACUACUCUCAUCUGUUCAGAAGAAGCGAAGGUCUUUAUCUGACGAUCUCGGAUCAAGGUACGAUGGAGGAAGAUCUUUUGGAACAGACAAAAGGGCGGAAUUUAGAUUUGAUUGUGUGCUCUGAUGCUGAAGCCAUCCUCGGAAUUGGUGAUCAAGGCGUUGGAGGCAUCGGCAUAUCAGCAGCCAAGUCUGUCAUAUACACAUUAAUCGGUGGAAUAGACCCCCACAAGUCUCUCCCAGUAGUGCUCGAUGUCGGCACAGAUAACGAACAGCUAUUGAGCGAUUCUCUCUAUGUCGGUUGGCCACAUAAACGAGUUCGCGGAAAGGAAUAUGACGAGUUUAUUGACAAGUUUGUCGGGCUUGUCCGGAAACACUUCCCGAAUAGCCUACUUCAUUUCGAAGAUUUUGGCGUCAAGAACGCCCAUUCCAUCCUUCAACGAUAUCGAGACGUCCAUUCGGUUUUCAAUGACGAUAUUCAAGGAACAGGAGCCGUAACACUAGCAUGCACAAUGGCUGCCAUCGGAGUCACGAAAUCUAAACUUUCCGACCAGCGAUUCGUCAUUUACGGUGCUGGAUCUGCAGGCUUGGGGAUUGCAGUACAACUCCGGGAUGCUAUGGUUUCUACCGAUAAUGUCUCAGAGGAAGAAGCCAAUCGCAAAUUUUACCUGUUGGAUAAACAGGGACUCAUAAAACAGUCUUUACCUGACAUUCGAGAAGACUUGAAACCGUUUGUCAGGCCUGAUGAAGAAUGGGACUCCGUGGCUAGGAAUUCUUCGUCGGAGGGGGGGAUUGGAUUGUUGGAUGUUGUGAAGCAUAUCAAACCGACGGUGUUGAUUGGGUGUUCGACACAUGGAGGGGCGUUUACGAAGGAGGUGGUGCAGAGUAUGGCUGAAGGGUGUGAGAGGCCGAUUAUAUUCCCGUUGUCGAAUCCGAGUAACCUUGUGGAGGUGGAUCCGAGAGAUGCGAAUGAGUGGACUGAGGGAAAGGCGUUGUUGGCUACUGGGAGUCCGUUUCCGCCUGCGAAGAUGCCGAAUGGGAAGGAUUAUAUCAUCGCGGAAUGUAACAAUGCUCUCAUAUAUCCUGGCUUAGGCUUCGGCUCUAUGAUCAGCGAAUCCAGGCGUAUGACAGACACCAUGAUCAUCGCUGGUGCCCGUCGUCUAGCUGCCCUUUCACCCGCACUCAAAGAUCCCGAUGCUGCACUUUUACCUGAUUUCGGAGACGCCCCGGAGGUCAAUUUCGAAGUUGGAGUGGCGGUGGCAGAGCAGGCCAUCGAGGAAGGAGUUGCGAGUGUGAAGUGGAAGAAGGAGGAAGUCAGGGAUCGGGCGAGAGAGAGGGUUUGGAAGCCUGUGUAUGGGGAGUAUGUGUUUGAUGAAAAUGGGCAGAAGUGAAUUCCUCUUGGGUCUGCCAGUGCCUAGCAGUAGUAAGGACACCGAGACCGGGUCCAGCAUGUGAAAGUAUUCAAAGAAAUAUGUGAACUGUGGAGCACUUCAUCCACUCCGAAUCAUCUUAUUCUCGUAUAUUUUCACUGACCAGGUCAUGUGAAAGUCCGGCUCAAAAGACUAUGUGAAACUCAUCGACCUCUACACGCCUGUUCAGUGGCGAAUACGACUUAUA